AUGCCCCCAAGGCUGAACCUCGCCUCGGCCUUCCGAGCCCUUUCUCUCCGGACCACCACCCCCGCCAGCCAGCAGCCGUUAUUAUCACAAAAGAUUGCCGCCGCGGUACCAAAGCUUACCACGGUCCCAGUAGCGAGACGGUUUUAUUCCGACAACCUCACCCCCGAGAACAACAACAAUAACAACGAUCAAGCACCCUCUUCCGAGCUAGCCCCCCCCAGAUCAGAGGAGGAAGUGGUCAGUCUCAGCCAACAACAACAUAAAGAAGACAACCUCUAUGCUCUGAACAGGCUGGAGCUGGUGGCGUACGGACUCAAACCAUUUGACGCCGAGGAGGAGGGGCACAAGUACGGGUUGCCCAGCCUGCCGCUGCCGAGCGAGCUGCACAAGGAUCAUCGGUAUGAUGAUGUGAUGGGGCAGAUCACGAGGUUGUUGAUGAAGGAUGGGAAGUUGUCCAAGGCUCAAAGAGUUCGUUUCUCCAUCCCACGUCGGUUUGAUAUAUAUAUAUAUGCUGAUAUUUAUGUUCUAGGACAUGGCAAUGAUUCUCAACCACCUCCGCACCUCCCCCCCACCAAAACUGAACCCUGCCCGGGGUUUAGGGGUCUGGCGGGUGGUGGUAGGAAUCUGGAGGUUCCUGCACCGUUGGCGGCGAGGCAGAGGAGGAGGACGGCGUUUGUGUGGAUCUUGGACGCGGUGCAGAAGAGGAAGAGUAAGGGGUCGGGGAGGAAGAUGUUUCCGACGAGGGUGGCCGAGGAGAUUAUUGCGGUUGUGGAGGGGAGGAGCGGGGUUUGGGACAAGAGGGCGCAGGUGCACAAGCUGGGGACGGCGACGAGAGCUAAUUUGAUGAAUAAUCAGAUUAAGAACUUUUUGUAG